UCCCAACUCCAGGAAUUUGUGGCGGAGAGGGCAAAUAACCGCGGCUCUCCCGGCGCCCCGAUGCUGGCACCAUGUCCAGGCGCAAGCAGGCGAAACCCCAGCACAUCAACUCCGAGGAGGACCAGGGCGAGCAGCCUCCGCAGCAGCCGACCCCAGAGCUCGCAGAUGCGGCCCCAGCGGCGCCGGCGGCGGGGGAGCCGGGUGUGCCAAUGACCCACCCCGGGAACUGCGAGGAAGGGAGCGGAGACAAAAGCGCGGGAAAGCGGCCCCGGCGAGAGGAGACCCACGUGUGCGACAAGUGCUGUGCCGAGUUCUUCAUUCUCUCUGAGUUCCUGGAACACAAGAAAAAUUGCACUAAAAUUCCACCCGUCCUCAUCAUGAACGACAGUGAGGGGCCGCUACCUCCUGAGGACUUCUCCCGAGCCAUGCUGAGCCACCAGCCCCUGAGCCCGGGCAGCAGGGACGGGCCCAGAGAGCGGAGCGGAGGCUCAGGGGAUGCCAAGGAGAGGCCGGGCGCGGAGUCGGUCCUGUACCUGAAGACGGAGACUGCUCUGCCCCCCGUCCCACAGGACAUAAGCUAUCUACCCAAAGGCAAAAUGACCAACACUAACGUGACUCUGCAGGCGCUCCGGGGCACCAAGGUGGCGGUGAACCAGCGCAGCGCAGACGCGCCCCCCGUGCCCGUGCCCGGCGCCAACAGCAUCCCGUGGGUGCUGGAGCAGAUCCUGUGUCUGCAGCAGCAGCAGCUGCAGCAGAUCCAGCUCACGGAGCAGAUCCGCAUCCAGGUGAACAUGUGGGCCGCGCACGCCCUGCACUCGGGCGUGGCUGGUGCCGACACCCUGAAGACCCUGGGCAGCCACGUGUCCCAGCAAGUGUCCGCCGCUGUGGCCCUGCUCAGCCAGAAGGCCGGAAGCCAGGGUCUGUCUCUGGACGCCUUGAAACAAGCCAAGCUACCUCACGCCAACAUCCCUCCCACCCACGGCUCCCUGUCCCCGGGGCUGGCGCCCUUUGCCCUGAAGCCGGAUGGGACCCGGGUGCUCCCGAAUGUCAUGUCUCGCCUUCCGGGUGCUUUGCUACCUCAGGCCCCGGGCUCUGUGGUCUUCCAGAGCCCUUUCUCCACUGUGGCGCUAGACCCAUCCAAGAAAGGGAAGGGGAAGCCGCCCAACAUCUCCGCGGUGGAUGUCAAACCCAAAGAUGAGGCGGCCCUCUACAAGCACAAGUGUAAGUACUGUAGCAAGGUUUUCGGGACUGAUAGCUCCUUGCAGAUCCACCUCCGCUCCCACACUGGAGAGAGACCCUUCGUGUGCUCUGUCUGUGGUCAUCGCUUCACCACCAAGGGCAACCUCAAGGUGCACUUUCACCGCCACCCCCAGGUCAAGGCAAACCCCCAGCUGUUUGCUGAGUUCCAGGACAAAGUGGUGGCAGGCAGUGGCGUCCCCUGCACACUCUCUGUCCCUGUCCCUGUCCCUGUCGUAGAUGAGUCGAGUCUCUCUUUAGACAGCAAACCUGUCCUGGUAACGGCGACCCCUCCCGUAGGGCUACCUCAGCAUAUCCCCUCAGGGCCCAACCCCAAGGACCUGCUGGGUGGCCCGCCUCUGCCCAGCGAUCUGCAGCCCGGGCCCUCCCCAGAAAGGGAGGGGGGACCUACGCCACCCGGGCUGGGGCCCACCCAGCAUCCCCCGAGGGUUGGUGGCUUCCAGGGAAGUGGGCCCCCCGAGCCCGGGUCGGAGACCCUGAAAUUGCAGCAGCUGGUAGAGAACAUCGACAGGGCCCCCACCGACCCCAAUGAAUGUGUCAUUUGCCACCGAGUCUUAAGCUGCCAAAGCUCCCUUAAGAUGCAUUACCGCACGCACACCGGGGAGAGGCCCUUCCCCUGUAAGGUCUGUGGCCGAGCUUUUUCCACCAAAGGCAACCUGAAGACGCACCUCGGGGUGCACCGAACCAGCACGUCCGUGAAGACGCAGCAUUCGUGCCCCAUCUGCGAGAAGAAGUUCACCAACGCAGUCAUGCUGCAGCAGCAUAUUCGCAUGCACAUGGGUGGCCAGAUCCCCAACACGCCCCUGCUGGAGAGUCCCUGUGACUUCGCGGGUCCAGAGCCCGCCCCGGUGGGUGAGAGCAGCGGCGCCGGCGCCGUCUGCCAUGACGAUGUCGAAAGCAUCGACGUCGAUGAGAUCGGCUCCUCGAAGGUGCUCAUGCCACUUCCCGGCACCCACAUGGCGUCGCCCACUCUGGGGUACUCAGUGGUGGCUUCCCAGGAGGCCCUGGGGAAGGCGGGUCCCGCCCCGCUGGGCCUGCAGCGCCAGAGCAGCCGAGAGAACGGCUCUGGGGAGAGCGACGGGCUGACCAACGACGACUCCUCCCUCAUGGGCGACCAGGAGUGCCCGAGCCGAAGCCCGGACGCCAUGGAAACCAUGUCCUUCCAGGCCCUGUCCCCAGCCAAUAGCCAGGCGGAAAGCAUCAAGUCACGGUCCCCCGAUACCGGGGUCAAAGCCGAGAGCUCCGAGAACAGCCGCCCUGAUACGGAAGGUCGAAGCAGUCUCCCGCCAGCGUUCAUCCGCACCCAGCCCACCUAUGUCAAAGUUGAAGUUCCCGGCAUGUUUGUCGGCCCCUCGGCCAUGUCCCCGGGCAUGACGCCUCUGUUGGCCGCCCAGCCCCGCCGGCAAGCCAAGCAACACGCCUGCACCCGGUGCGGGAAGAACUUCUCCUCGGCCAGUGCCCUGCAGAUCCACGAACGGACGCACACCGGAGAGAAGCCUUUCGUGUGCAACGUGUGCGGGCGAGCGUUUACCACCAAAGGCAACCUGAAGGUCCACUACAUGACCCACGGGGCCAACAAUAACUCAGCUCGCCGUGGGAGGAAGCUCGCCAUAGAGAACACCAUGGCUCUGCUGGGUACCGAUGGGAAGCGCGCGCCGGAAAUGUUUCCCAAGGAGCUCCUGUCGCCCUCGGUGGGUGUGGACCCGGUGGUGUGGAACCAGUACACCAGCAUGCUCAACGGCGGCCUGGCCAUGAAGACCAAUGAGAUCUCGGUGAUCCAGAGCGGAGGGAUCCCCACCCUUCCUGUGUCCCUGGGGGCCAGCUCCGUGGGCAGCAACGCCACCGCCUCCAAGAUGGACAGCUCCCAGUCUGGCGGCAGUGCCGACGCAGAAAAAUCAGGCGUUCCUGACGGCGUAGCCAAACACCAGUUCCCUCACUUCCUGGAAGAGAACAAGAUCGCAGUCAGCUAAGCUCGCGGAGCAGUCUGGCGAAAAGAGGGUGCGGAUGGGAACGCAGAGGGACGCAGAUCCCCUGCGUCCUUUUUUCUUACUGAUAUGCAAAUGAUGUUUACGGUGGUGACCCAACCUGGGCUGUUCUACAAUCACAAUUGUUACUAUGCUGCUUUGCAAAAAAAAAGAAAAAGAAAACAAUUUUUUUAAAAAACCAAAAUUCAUACCAAAACAGACUAGAUUUUUUUUUUUUUUUUUUUGAUUUUGGAAAGAAGCGGGUCUUGCAAAGUAGCUUUUUUACUUGCAGCAAACUAUACACCUAGAAGCUUUGUCCAGCGUAGAGGGACUGUUUCCAAAGGCUGUCCCCGGCGUCCAGGUGCGCCAGUUGGAAUUUACCCAACCACAGUGGGAAAGAGAAUUAGGUAGCCUAACUGUGGGGGUGAGGUACUGGACACUUCCAUGCCAACUCUAUGCGGGUAAAUGGACAAAGGUCUGUCACCUCUUUAGGGGCCAAUUUGAUAUGGCUCCCCAAGCCUUUACCGUCUCGUUUUUGUUUUGUUGAAUGUACUUAAAAGGAAAAAAAAGUAACCAAGGUUGAAGAGUUAACAAAAUUACUUCCGCCUUAGGACCAUAAGUAGAUGCCUUGGCGUGGCCGUGCUUUAGUCCUUAGGGAGCCGGUGUGUGUGUUGCUGCUUAUUUAAAUACAGUCCAGCCAGGCGUGGU